CACAAAGGUAUAAGAAAAGUCACAAUAUAAAAGUAGUUUGACACAGUAAGAAUAAAAUGAUACACAGUGUGAAAACUUGCAGGUUAAACAGGAGACAUAUUAAAUCAUAUUGAUAUUUUCUUCACUUAAGAGAAUACAUUAAAUUAUUUUUGCAGGGAUGAUGUUGAGAUCUCUCUCUUGUUGGUCAAUUAUAUUUCACAGAAGAGUUGUAAAUAUCGAUCCCACGUCAGUAUGGUAGGCUUUAUGAAUUUGUGAAAAUAUAUUUAAAUCUCUUUUAGGUAUUAGGUUUAUUAUAAGGCUAUCAGUUUAUAUAUUUGUGUGUUUUUUUUAGUUUGACUGCUUGAUCCAUUCCCUGUUUUGUUUUUUUUUGUCCUAAUCACACAACAAUUUAUAUGACUGUCAGAUGUGACACUGCUGAUGUUGUUGUAUGCAGUGUGCAAUCGUCAUGUUUGUCAUGUGUGUCUUAAAUGUUGUUAAACUGAAAAAUGAAAAAUAAAGUUUGAUAAACAAUUUAUAUUUAUAUAUUUUUCAUCAUCCACAAAUUCAUUGAGUAUGAAGAGUACAGUAUCACAAGAUAUUGGUAUUGGUAGAUUUCAAAAUCCCUCUGUUGGUUUAUAAAGCACUGAAUGGUUCAUGGCCAAAAUACAUUUUGAACCUGCUGCUUCCUUAUAAGCCAUCCAGGUUUCUGCUUUUAGUCCCUACAGUCUUACAGCUGAAGACCUGUUUGUUUGUCUGUCACUAUCUUUUAUUGAAGCAAUUCUAAAACUUUGAUCAAUAUCUUAAACUGGACUGUAACUGUUAGUCUUGUCUUUUUUAAAACCACUCUAGGACAGCUUCUCUUCUUCUUCUUUUUUUUCCCUUUAAUUUAAAAAAAAAAAUCUUUUAAUGUUAUUUCAUGCCCCUGUAAAAGCACUUUGAGUUACCUUGUGUCUGAAUUGUGCCAUAUAAAUACACUUGCCUUGCCUCCUGUUUGUUUUAAUAGUACUGAAGUUCAUUCUUUCUGCCACCAUUAUUACAUCACUACUACAGAGACUCACUGAUGAAGCUCAGUCACUGGUUGCCAAGUGACAGUUUACCUGUCAACAUGUGAUGCUGCAGCUGAAGUCCAACAGACCCUUAAAUAAAAGUGUGUGCUGGUUCAGUUCUUGUUGGAUGGAGGAUGGUGCACGGAUACAUGAGUUCUCAGAGGGAGUUCAGACCUGGAAUCAACAGGUGUCUCAAGUGACCACUUCAGAUCUGCUCUCACUUCCCUGCUCUACAUGCAAAUAUACAUGUAAAUCACUGGGACAAACAGACGCAUCAUAUUUUUUAUACAAAGAAGUGUGUAAGUUUGUACACACUGUUUGUAUAUCUCAGGGAAGAUUUGCAUAUUACACAGGUAUAUGCACACAGAUCCAUCGAUCCUAAACAGCAUUUCUAUUGUAAUUCAUCUCAUUCAUUGCAAGUGACACAUUUUCCUAAUCUCUAGUCGUGUUUUUUUUUUUUUACAGACAUGGAGAACCAGACUUUCAGUGAGGAUCUUAUACUUCUGGAGGGAUUAAAAGUCUCCACCCAGUCCUCCCUUCCUGCCUUCAUCUUCCUCUUGCUCAUCUAUAUCUUUGCUGUGGUGUCCAACAUUAGUCUUGUCAGCUUGAUCUUUACCACCAGGCGCCUCCACCAGCCCAUGUAUCUGUUCUUCUGCAACAUGAGUAUUAAUGACAUUUUUGGGGCCUCGAUCAUCACACCGCACAUACUGAGAAACAUUUUCACACCACCUUCAGAGCGAGUCAUUGAUUAUAAUAGCUGUGUCAUUCAGGCCUUCUGUGUUCACCUCUAUGCGGGCGCCAGUCACACCAUACUCAUGAUUAUGGCCUUUGACCGCUAUAUGGCCAUCUGCAAGCCUCUUCAAUAUGCCACCAUCAUGACCAAGACGAUGGUGGUGAAGCUGUCGGUGGGAGCCUGGACAGCAGCUCUUUUCUUUGUAGCAAUCCUCUUGGGUCUCACUAUACGCUUGUCACGCUGCAGGCGAGUUAUAUUCAGCCCAUUCUGUGACAAUGCCUCUUUGUUCAAGCUGUCCUGUGAGAGCAUCCUCAUCAAUAACAUCUACGGACUCUGCUACACUGUGGUCCUGCUGGGCUCCUCCACUUGCAGCCUAACUCUCACCUACUUGAAAAUUGCUUCAGUGUGUCUGCGCAGUAAGAACAAGGCAUUGAACAGCAAAGCGCUGCAGACUUGCACCACCCACCUGGCCGUGUACAUCUUCCUGAUGGUGUCAUGUUUCGCCAUCGUCAUCCUGCACCGUUUCCCCCACCUGUCAGAACAUGGUAAGGUCGUGGCUGUCUUAGCUGAAGUGACACUGCCUGCUUUUAAUGCGGUUAUCUACGGCCUGCAAAUAAAAGAGAUAAAGCGGAGGAUUAUUACUUUGUUCAAAAACAGUAAAGUGGCUCUGAUGACUUGA